CCACAUCACCGUGAACCGUACGCGACCGUAUUGUAAUAAACUAACCCCGCACCGCACCUUAUCGCGCUCCCUUCUUUGUUCUUCAAACACAGUCACGGUAGCUCCACCUUCCACCUCUCUUUCUUACACACAUUCUCUCUUUCUCUCUCUCCGCCGUAGAUCUGAACUAAGCCACAGAUAUUACAGCUUUCGCGCCUUUUUUGACACGUUGACCGCCGUUCACCGCCGCAAUAACUUAACCAGAUCGACCGAACCCGAAUUUCUCGGGUCCUAAAACGUGGAUCUAGGAGAACGAGGUAAAACCCUGGAAUCGAGCUCCAACGGCUAUUACGGUUAGAAAAAUCUGUUAAUUCAAAAUCCAAUCCGGAACGCGAUCCGUUACAAAUCUUUCGCAUCCCGCCAGGUGGCAGCAGCUCCGAGUCGGUGACUGACUCACUGAGUCAAAGCAGAUCCGAACGAGAAAAGCGAUGGCUCCCAGCACGAUUCGGAAGGCAAUUGGUGCGGUGAAGGACCAAACGAGCAUAGGGAUUGCGAAGGUUGCGAGCAACAUGGCGCCGGACUUGGAGGUUGCGAUCGUGAAAGCGACGAGCCACGACGACGAUCCCGCCGGCGAGAAGUACAUACGCGAGAUCUUGAACCUCAUGUCUUACUCCCGUGGAUACGUCCACGCGUGUGUCACCGCCGUGUCGAAGCGAUUGGGGAAGACGCGCGACUGGAUCGUUGCUCUGAAAGCUCUCAUGCUGGUUCACCGACUCAUGAACGAGGGUCCACCGAUGUUCCAAGAAGAGAUACUCUACGCGACUAGGAGAGGAACCAGGCUCCUCAACAUGUCUGAUUUCAGGGACGAGGCUCACUCUAGCUCAUGGGAUCACUCUGCUUUUGUAAGAACUUAUGCUAUGUAUCUUGAUCAACGUCUUGAGUUGAUGCUUUUUGAUAGGAAGAGCAGUGGCGCUGCUGGUGGAGCUGGAAGCGCUGGCGCUGGCGGAAGCGGCAGUGGUGGCGGUUUUGAUGAUAGGUUUGGGGGUAGGGACAAUUUCCGGUCCCCUCCGCCGCGGCCUUACGAGUAUGAGUACGGCGGAGGUGAAUUCAGGGGAGAAGGGUAUGGUUAUGGGAACGGAGGGAUGAGGAGGACGAGGUCGUUUGGUGAUGUGACUGAGAGGGAAAAUGUUGGAAGGGUUGAUAAGAGUAUUGUUGCUGUGACUCCGUUGAGGGACAUGAAGCCGGAGAGGAUUUUCGGUAAGAUGGGACAUUUGCAGAGGUUGCUGGAUCGGUUCUUGGCUUGUAGGCCUACCGGUUUGGCCAAGAACAGCAGGAUGAUCUUGAUUGCGUUGUACCCUGUUGUGAAGGAGAGUUUUCAGCUCUAUGCUGAUAUCUGUGAGGUUCUUGCUGUGCUUCUUGAUAAGUUCUUUGAUAUGGAAUACCCUGAUUGUGUUAAGGCCUUUGAUGCUUAUGCCAGCGCGGCGAAGCAGAUCGACGAGCUUAUUGCGUUCUUCAACUGGUGCAAGGAUACAGGUGUGGCGAGAUCUUCUGAGUACCCAGAGGUUCAGAGGAUUACUAGCAAGCUGUUGGAGACCCUGGAGGAGUUUGUUAGGGAUAGGGCCAAGAGGCCUAAGAGUCCUGAGAGGAAAGAGGAAUUGCCCCCACCACCUGCAAAAGAGGAGGAACCGGAGCCGGAUAUGAAUGAGAUCAAGGCACUGCCUCCACCGGAGAAUUACACCCCGCCUCCGCAGCCUGAGCCAGAGCCUAAGCCACAGCCACCACGGGUUACAGAGGACUUGGUGAAUCUGAGAGAUGAUGCAGUCAGUGCUGAUGAUCAAGGUAACAGAUUGGCUUUGGCACUCUUUGCCGGUGCUCCUGGUAGCAAUGCUAAUGGUUCUUGGCAAGCCUUCCCAUCAAAUGGACAGCCCGAAGUUACUUCGGCUUGGCAGACUCCAGCAGCUGAGGCCGGGAAGGCCGAUUGGGAAUUGGCGCUGGUAGAAACUGCUAGUAAUUUAUCAAGGCAGAAGCAGAAUUUGGGUGGUGGUCUUGAUCCCUUAUUGUUGAAUGGUAUGUAUGAUCAAGGAAUGGUGAGGCAGCAUGUGAGCACAUCACAAUUGAGUGGAGGAAGUGCAAGCAGUGUGGCAUUGCCCGGACCCGGGAAAACCACCACACCUGUUUUGGCUCUCCCUGCCCCAGAUGGGUCAGUGCAGCCGGUGAAUCAGGAUCCCUUCGCGGCAUCAUUGACUAUUCCACCACCUUCUUAUGUGCAAAUGGCGGAUAUGGAGAAGAAGCAGCAUUUGCUUGUGCAGGAACAGGUUGUGUGGCAGCAGUAUGCAAGGGAUGGAAUGCAAGGCCAAUCUAGCUUGGCCAGACUAAACGGCAAUGGUUACUAUCCCGGAACUCCAAUGCCUGCAGCAAUGCCUUAUGGAAUGCCCCCAGUCAAUGGAAUGGGACCUCCCGCUGGGUAUUAUCACACUCCUUACUGAUCAAUACCCUCUUUUGUUCUUUUCAUUGCAUAUCUAUAGGUUGCUUCGUUUAUUUUUUGUAUUAUGACAUAGUGUUUUUUUUUUUUUUUUUAAGUUUUUGUUAAAUGUUGAUGUUUCCAUAUUCUUGAGAUAUAUAAGCUCUUUUAGUAUGGUGGGGAACUGGGGAUGUUGAGGGAGAGACUGAGUUGGAAUUGAAUAUACAAAAUUUCUUGUUAGGGGAUUUUGUUGGUGGGAGAGAUGUGUUUAUGAGACUCAGUUAUGAUAUCUCUGUGUCUUCUUUGUAAUAUUAGCAGUUUCUUCCUCCA